CCCCCCCCCCCCGUCUAGGGCUUCCGAUUAGUUACUGUCAGAAUUCCCUUACCAUCCUUCGGGUGAGGGCAAAUGACAAAAACUGGGCGAGGCCACUCCCUCAUCCGUGGUUUGGACGGAAACAUAUAUAACCAGAGUUCGGACCUCCCCCUCAUACAAUCGUAAAGGCUGUAUCUUGGAGGGUCUAUUUCACGGUCGGUUUUCAUCUAAUAUAUUUUCCUUCUGUCUUCCUGCCCCUGCCCCUCCGUCCAUAAAUUCCUCCCCACAUCCCCCUCCCUACCCACUUUCGCUUUCCAUUUUCGAGAGAAGUAAAUAUUUCGGGGCCACGGGUUUCUAUGUUUGAGACGGGAUUUUUAUCACACUUGGGAAUAGUAGCGGUUUCGCGUUUGGGGGUGACUGUUCGAUUUUAUUUCUGAUUUUUUUUAUCUCUUUUCUCUCCUCCCCCGAAUCGUUCGGGUCUCGUGGGGAAUCUGAAUAUAUAGUUUUUUUCUUCCUCGUCAGGACCCUUUCCCCAAACGGAUCAUUUGACAACCCCCCCCCGGUGCUCCCACUAAUCCCCUUACCCACCCACAUCUGGGAUAUACUCUUUACAUAUACUCCCCCUUCCUCAAGCAUAAAUACACCCCGCAUCGCAAGUCUUCGACGCAUCCCUAGCGUGAUGGGAGGGCUCUUCAUCUCCACGACCCUAGCUUCCCCGAGGAAGCCUUCGUUAUCACCGCAGCAAGUGAUAGAAGAAGAGGAACCGGUACCGGAAUUCUUCCUGGACGAGUCCGCAGGAAUAGAGACUUCGCCCCCAACGACACCAGCGGAAGACAUGGGAAAUGGCAUGUCCGUCUCCACCUUCACAUCCUCCCUGCGAGGGGCAAUGAGCUCGGCCGGCGCGCGCAAGCCCGUCAAGUCGGCGAUCAGGAAGAAGGACAUCUGUUCGGAAGCGGGCGCAAGGCUCAAGAAGUUUGUCCGCUUCCUGGACAGAGUGGAGGUUGUUCCUGCAGCGCCGUUCCUGAUGUUCGAGGAGCCGUCCAGCAAGAAGCAAAAGACCCGCGAGGCCCUCAACGACCCGGCGAUAAAUGCUGGUCUGGGCUUCGCUGGCUCGCCAAACCGUUCGCCGAACAGGUCUCCGAACCGAUCCCCGAACAGGUCGCCCAAUAGCUCGUCCAAGCACCUCCCCAGCACAAACACUGACAAUCAUCUCUCCCCUCCGGAAGAUUUAUACUUCUACCAUCCCCCGUCGCCACCCCCGUCGUGGCGGAUCCCGCCUUCGUCGCUUACCGGCCCGCAGCCGCAUGUCGUUACGCCGCCGCGUGUGCGAUCCCCUUCACGGCCCGGCGACGAAAUCGACCUCAUGGUCAGGGAUAACCCCAGGGAUAGCGGGAUCUACAUGGACUCCUCGGAGGACGAGGACGAGAUCCGUCCAGUUAUUGCGAGGAAGUUGCGGCACGGGGAGGUGCGAUUCGAGGAUCAGUGGGGGCGUAGGUUGAUCCCUGUCGAGAGGGAGGCUGCUUUCCGCUUUGAUCUUUGGCCGGUCGAGGAGGAUGUUGAUAAUGAGGUUGGCGACGGGAGUGGCUGGGUUGGGAGGUUCCGAGGAAUGAGCCGGGAGUAGAGUGGAGUAGGGUAGGGUUGGUCCGAUACACCGCUAUUGGCGGGGUUGCGCCGUUGAUGUUUCAUGCUUUUUUACUGUUGAAGUUGUUCGUGCCAGAGGCCAGAUUGGUAUAUAGGUCUCUUUGUUGUACUGUGUUUUGUGCGCUUUUCCUUUCCUCUUCUCCUGUUCAAUAUUGUCUUUGGGUUUGGUUUUCUGGUUUUUUUUUUCCUCCUUACCUUUUCCCUUACUAUAGCUCAGCAUUAUAUGGUGUUUUUAAUGUUUUGGUUUUAGUUUUCCUCUUUUCUCUCAGUCUCAUCCUUUUUCCCUAGUCUCGUUUUCAUCACAUCUGGAGUUCUUUUCCUUUUUCCCAUCGGUUUUAUUUUUUCCUUCUCUUCCUUUCUUACAGGAUGAUUUGUUCAGCAACGGUAUUUCUGGUCUGGUUAGUCGAAGUGCACACAUAAACGGGCGGCGUCUUCCUUCUCCUAUUUCCUUCUAUCAUGCCUAUUUUUCCAGUUUUCCAUUCCCUUUUCCAUUUACCAUACCAGAGCCGUUUUUCCUAUCAUACUUGAGUCUAGCUAGCGAAGGGCAAAUUGAAAGUGGUGGAU